AGUUGAGCUUAGAAUGCUUUAGGGUACAUGACUAUUGGAUGAGGAGUAAUGACAUUCCACGGGAUGAGGGUUAUUUACGCCUUAAUGGUUGGAUAUGCGCUGCACUGUGCUGUGGUGUUAAGGGAAUUGAUAUUAGAUUUAUGAAUAAAGAUGUUCCAACUUUACCAACUCUUUUGUUUACUUGCCAGUCACUGGUGACAUUGAAAUUGAAUAUCAGAGUCAGAGGUAAUAUGAACGUUCCAUCUAACACUUGUUUGCCAAAUCUGAAGACUCUACAUUUUGCAUGCUCCAUAUUUCAAGAAGGUUAUUCAGUGCUUAUGUUAAUAUCCAAUUGCCAUGUCCUAGAAACUUUGGAAUUUACUUAUUGCGAGUUUGGUAACAUAAGUAAGCUCAAUAUCCAUAACCUUUCCCUUAAGAGGUUGGUUUUAGAUUUCGGUGAGAUGCAUGUUCAUUCUCAAAUAGGUUUCAAUGGCAUCGAGAUCGAUACCCCUAAUCUUGUUUAUUUCAAAUAUGUUGAUACAAUGGUUGAAGGCUAUACGAUAAGUGACAUGAAAUCUCUAGAAAGAGCUGAUAUUGAAAUCACUCUAUUAGAUAGUGUGGAUUAUGAACGUGCGACAAAUCUUAUCAAGGGAAUUUGCAAUAUACAGUCCCUUUGUUUAGCCAUUGAAGAUUGCUCUGGAACGGUUAGUGAACUUAGCAAUAUUGAAGUCGUUGUCCUGAAUAUUAAAGUCCUUUCUUUUAACAAUAUGUAAUAGUUCUUGGU